AUGCAUGUUUUCGUCUGCAUUCGUGGUAGCGUCGUCAAUUGUCGUCUCGCUGUUGAUUGUCGUCGAUUCAAAUAUCGAACCUCUCCUCGUUAUUGCAGAUGCCUCUAUAAACAUAAACAUAAACAUAAACAAAGAGAACCGAAAAAGCGAUCAAUAAUGGACACCGACCAAUGUCAAACUGUGUUGGUGCAUUUGCCCAAUCACAGCGUUGUUUACGACUUUUUCAGAGAAGUGCAUUUGUUCUACAAACCAAUCCACACAUAUUUAUCAAUAAUUAUGUGUAUAUUUGGCACUGUAGCCAAUUUCUGCAACAUUGUUGUGUUGACGCGGCGACAAAUGCGUACGCCGGUGAACAUGAUCCUGACGGCAAUGGCCUGUUGUGAUACUGUAGUAUUGUUCUCAAACCUCAUCUACACUACACACUAUUCGUUCGUCGCCUUCAAGCAUUGCCAUCCACGACAUUGGAGUUAUGGAUGGGCUUUGUUUCUGAUUGCUCACGCUCACUUAUCACUUGUCGGGCAUAGUUCGUCAGUAUGGUUGUCAGUGAUGCUCGCAUUGAUUCGAUAUAUGACGUUACGGAGUCGUGGGAGCGCCGGUGGUAUGCAGAUCGGUCUCAAGCACUCGUAUUUUGCAAUUGGAGCAACAAUUUGUUUUGUAGCGAUUGUGAACGCACCGAAUUUUCUCACCUACAAAAUACUCGAGAUUAGGCUUAAUGACACGUGCGUCAUUAGGGAUCCGGACCUACUUGGAGCAGCCGCUUACCUUCCAGGAAUCGCGGAAAUCGCACUUGCAAAACAUUGCCUAGUCUUCCGACUAGUCUUCUGGAUUUCGGGUCUUGUGUUCAAAGUAAUACCUUGUUGUCUCCUAUCAUUAUUCGUUUGGUUGCUGCUUGGGAUUUUGAAAGAGGUAAAAGCAAAUCGACAACGGCUACUUAAAAAUUCUCGUCAAAGUGUGUGUACAGCAAGUGUUCCAUCACAUAAUGGAAAAGUUACGCUAGUGACGAGUGAUCACCACAAGCGAAGCUCUAGUAUACGAGCGCCAGGACGAGGAGAGCGUACGGAUCGUACGACGAAUAUGUUGCUGGCUAUAGUUUUCGUGAUGUUAUUUACAGAAAUGCCACAGGGGAUUAUGGCCCUUCUUUCAGGUAUGAUCUCGCAGGAGUUUCGGCGUCAUGUCUACAAUAAUCUUGGAGAUUUGCUCGAUCUGUUUUCGUUGUGCGAGGCGUGUAUGUCUUUUAUCAUCUACUGUUCCAUGAGCGGACAAUUCAGAAACGAAUUCCGACGUGUCUUCAUCCCGAAUUCUCUAAACUGCUCCCAACGGUCGACUUCGGUGCGACGACCAUCCGAUACAUACACGAAAAUGUCAUACCUGCAACCAACGGAAAUGUAUGGAAAUGGGUCAUCAUAUUCAGAUUUAGAUAGAGCGAGCCACGCCAAGACGGUACCUGAGAAGAGCUCAAGUCGUCCAGAGAUAUCACGUGUGACACCUUCACCGGGCUACACGUCAUCGACGCCGGACGAGCAUGGCGUAGAAGAUGAUGAACGAAGUCGACUUAUCACCAUAAAGAACGCUAUUGUCAACGGGAGCAUCAGAGAGCAGCAGUUUAAAAAUAUUUAG